AUGACAUUUAAUACCUGGCUUACGGGUAAUAAUGUUGAAAAUGGUUUGGCAAAAAUUGCAAAACAUAUCAAACGGAUCAAUCCGGAUGUCGUUGCAUUACAAGAAAUUAAUGAUAUAAAACGUUUGCAACAUUUGAUAACAGAAAUGGGUAAAGGAUGGGUAACUGCUAAAUCAACAUAUUCAUAUACUGAUACAGCUAUUUUAACAAAACAUAAACUAAUUAAUCGAUCAUUUCAUCAAGUAAGCCAUGGUAUGGGUGUUAAAAUAGAAAUUGAAAAUACAAAUAGAACAAUUAACAUAUGGAGUCUUCAUUUAGACUAUCAAUCAUAUGGUCCAUAUGCAGCAUUUAAUAAAAUGGUCACUAAAGCAUCACAAAUUAUGGCUGGCGAAAUUGUUGAUGGCAAAGGUCGUUUUCAAAAUAUGCGAGAAUUAUUAGUUGAUGAUUACUUCCAAGCUGCAAUUGAAAAUUCAUCCAUUGAACCACUGAUUGUUUGUGGUGAUUUUAAUUCACCAUCACAUCUCGAUUGGACUAAUCAAACAAGUUUUCUUCAUGGUGACUGGAAAUUUCAAUGGCCAGCAACGCAUAUGUUACAGAAUGAAGCUGGAAUGAAAGAUUCUUAUCGAGAGCUACAUCCACAGGUUCUUGACAAUCCAGGCAUAACAUGGUCAACAGUGGAAAAAAUGACCAGUAGUGGCUGGAGUUGGACGAUACCAGAACCACAGGACCGAAUUGAUUAUAUCUUUUAUCGUGGUUCUCUGCUUUCUCCCAUACAGUCGUAUACAUAUCAGGGUAAUGUAACUGUUUAUCCCAAACCAUUCCACUGGAAAAAUGAUUAUCCAUCUGAUCAUUUUGCUGUUAUCACCACUUUCCGUUUAAAGUAA